AUGUCGAGAUUUUCUCUCGUUAUCUCUUGUUUUCUCUUCGUCUCUACUAUUGUCAGAGCCACCGAUGUCCAUUACUGCGAUAAUAACGAAGAGCAUGAAGUUAUGGUCCAAGGAGUUGAUAUAUCUCCUGAUCCUAUAGCUCGAGGCCAACCAGCUACUUUCAGCAUUUCUGCUAACACAGACAAUUCCAUCUCGAGCGGGAAGUUGGUGAUCGAAGUUUCAUACUUUGGAUGGCAUAUUCAUUCUGAGACACAUGAUCUUUGCGAUGAGACUAAAUGUCCCGUUGCAAUUGGAGAUUUCUUGGUAGAGCACUCGCAAAUUCUACCCGGAUAUACUCCUCCUGGUUCAUACUCACUAAAAAUGAAGAUGCUUGAUGGGCACAAGAAGCAGUUAACAUGCAUCAAAUUCUCAUUUGAUAUUGGAUUUGGAUCAUCCGUGGCCGACAUUUAG